AUGAAGUUCCUUCUUCUACCUUGCCUUCUGGCAAUUCCUGCCUUUGGAUAUGUGCUUGUGGAUAACUUGAAAGUGUCCGCUGGUGUCGAAAGAACCCUGAAAAUGGCCGCUGAAAUGCGCAGGGGCUUGGGAGAAGGAAAGGAGGACGUCUACGCCCAGUUCACCGACUUCAUUGUCAAGUAGGUUAACAGAAAUUGGAGGAGUCUGAAUUGGUACUUUCAGGUUCGAGCGGGAAUACAAAGACGAGAAAGAAGUUGCCCAACGAUUUGAAAUCAUCGAGAAAUCGUUGAAGAGAAUCGCUGAGUUACAAAAGAAAAGUCCAACCGCCCAAUUCGGAUUGACCAACAUGGCUGAUCUCUCCGAGGAGGAAUUCGGUCGAAUUGCCAACCUUAAAGUCCCACCAAGAAAUGAGGAUGAAGAACAAGGCAAGAAUAAUAUAAUAAAGCCAUCAGUGAACAUUAUAUUUCAGACUUUCUUCAACUGGAUAUCUCCGAAGAAGAUCUCCCGAAAGAGCAUGAUUGGAGGAAGUUGAACGGAGUCUCUAGCGUCAAGGACCAAGGAGACUGUGGAGCCUGCUUCGCCUUUGGCACUGUCGGCGCCAUCGAAAGUCAGUGGCUGAUCAAGAGAAACCAAAGUCUCGACUUGAGCAUAGAACAAAUUCUGGAAUGCACCUAUGACAACCCCAAGUACGGAUCUUACUUUGGCUGUGGUGGAGGCUACUUGGAUGGAGUAUUUCAGUACGUAAUCGACAAUGGAAUCACUGAUGAAAAGCAUUGGCCAUACAAUCCUUCAUGGCACGAUAUGGGAACAUGCCAGAAAGAGCCAAAAGUAGCUACGUUGACCAGUGCCAAGAACAUCACAAGACUAAGCGAUGUUGAGUUGCAGAAGGCCGUCUACAGCAUUGGCCCUGUCACUGUUGGUAGGUUGUAUUUACACAACCAAGAUUUUUAUCGUUUCAGCGAUUGAUUCAAGCUUCAUUCAAUUCUACAAUGGCGGUAUCAUUUCGGUCGAAGAUCAAGAGUGGGGUCUUGAUCAUGCUGUUUUGGUGGUUGGCUACGGAGUGGAGAAGGACAUUCCAUACUGGAUUGUCAAAAAUUCAUGGGGAAAAAUUUAUGGAGAACACGGCUACUUCCGUGUUUACCGUGGAAAUAACACACUUGGAAUCACGGAAGCGCCCGAGGCUGCUAUCCUCUAA